GUUCAGUUAAAUGAACAUCAAAGUUCGUUUGUGGAGGCUGAGAUCAGCUCAAAUGGGCGGCUGAAAUUCAUGCUAAAUGUUUAGCUAUUUUACCUUAUUAUAGAUGGUCCCAGUCUCUAGACCGCAACCUUGACCGAGGACCCUGGAUGAAUGGCACUCCUCGUCAACAAUCGAAAUCGGCGUCAUCUCGAAGGUUUAGUCAAAGGGUUGGUAUUCAUUGCCUGUUGAAUUUUAUUUCAUGGUAAUAGCCCUCUUUCGUUUCAUACGUCGAAGGUUUAACACAUUUUCUAUACUCUUCCUGUCAUUGCAUGUACAAAAGCUUGUUUCUCACAGGGCUCCAAAAGUGCGCUAAAGUAAGCUACACUGCAAAAGAUGUUGACUCAAAAACUUAUAAACAAGUAUGGCUCAGCCUCCUUGAGCCUAGUUCCAUUCCCCAAGAUUUUUUCUAUUUGUGCACUAUGUAUAGGUAAUAGUAUACUAUGGUUUCGAGUGCAAUUUGAAAAAAAAAAAUGCACAAUUGAGUUUUUCAAAGACUAUCAAUUUGAAGUCUUUGAAAAACUCACGAGUGUAUGUUCUUUCAAAGUCCACGAGACAACCAUACUAUCACUUAUUAAUAAUAUACAAGAAAAAAAUAUGCAAUCACGUACGUGCGUAUGUCACAUUUAGAAAUUAAGAAAAUUAAGAAAUUUGAAAAAUAAAAAAAAUAAGAAAAUUAAGAAAAUUUAAAAAAUUAAGAAAUUUGCACUGUAUUUCUUUUUAUGCACUGCACUGCACUACACUUCACUUUUUGGCACUGUAUUUCGAAAUUGCUCUGCUCUUAAGGCGGAUUUUCAGUCCUCGCACGAAGCUCCUCGCAGCUCGCUGCGAGUAAUGCAUGAGCACUUUCAUCCAAUCACAAUGCUAAACAGUCAUUUUAAUUAGAUGCAAGCACUCGCAGCGAGCUGCGAGGAGCUUCGUGCGAGGACUGGAAAACCGCCUUUAGCCAAUCAGAAUUGAGAAUUUUUUUCAUGUAUAUUAUUAGGAACGUAUAAUUGUGUGUGUUUCAUGGCUACAGGAAAGGUAUUUUUGUCAUGAAGAUAUUUUUCGAAAAAUUGCUGUUUUCGUAUUUUAUAGCCCCUACUCCCCCUCUUUCUCUCUCAUCAAAGAGUUUCAACUUUCAUAUCAGGUCUGGAUAAGAUAAAAUAUUUCUCUUGAAGAAGAAUGAAGUCAAUUCCAGGACCUCCCCCAUUCCUUCUUUCACCAACUUGGGCAGCCACUCUAUGCACGUUAUACAUUAUAUAAUUUUGUUAUGUAAAAUUCCUGUAUUGUUUUCAGACUAUUUUUGACAGUAUUGAAGGUGGUCUUAAUCGAUUUAUUGGUGUGUUCACGCCAAGACGGUCUACAAGUUCACACCCAAGAAAGGUGAAGGUAUGGUGUUAUGCUAUGUUAGUUGAUUACAAGGUUGAGUAAUUACUUAGUUGAUUGGUCGAUUAACCGAUUCAGAGUUAAUUGAUCAUAAGCGCAAGGAGAAUUUUGCAGUAUGUGCAAGUGUGCGAACGCUAACGUGCAUGCUUGUACAUUAAUUUUUACUACUGUAUCACAUGCAGGGGACAAAAAUUAAAUUUCCAUGCAUUGAUGGUUUUUUUAAUAUAAAAACUGUAUUCUUACCAUUAUUGGUUACAGAUUUCGCAUAUGGCAAAUUAGGCAAAAUCCAUGAUGUUUGAUAUAAUUUAAUUUACCAUUGAAGGUACUUUAUUUUUUCCUGUGAAAAUACUAUUAAUGGUAUAUAUUAAACAUCAUGGUUUUUUACCAAUUUACCGUAUGGGAAAUCUGUAAUAACCAAUAAUAGUAUGAGUUCAGAUUUUACAUCGAUAGUAUAUACAUAUAUGCAUUCCAUUAAUCGAAAUUUAAAUUUUUCCUGUAUAUAUAAAUGCAUGUUUGUUAACAUGAUCAAACAAUCUUUGAAAGGUCUUAUUUAUAACAGAUAAAUGUAGAUUACUUUUUCAUUACCUUUAAUAAUAUAUGUAUUCUUUUACGGCCGCUACGAGCGGAAAGCGUUUACCAAUAAGCGAUUUGGUCGUGCCAAGCGAAAAACAAAUUUAGCUAAAAAAAAAAUUCAAUGUGAUUUUUUAAUAACCAUUGUAUCACAUAGAGCCGAAAUUCGUUUUUCGCUUGGCUUCGCACGAACAAAUUCGUAGCCCGCGUGCAGGCCCAAGGGAAGAAUAGUGGGCCUGCAAGCAAGGCCCGGUAUUUUGUACUUUCCGCGUUCGCCCACGAACGCGGCAUUUUGAUUGGCUGUUUGCUGUUGGAUUCUAUAAUUAGAUCAGUGAUUCAUCACAAAGGCUCUCGAUAAGCUUUAAAUUCGAAAAUUGAUCACUUUUUUCGAUUAAAAAUGGAACAAGAAGUCAAGAACAGACUGUUUAUUGUUUACUUGAAGGAAGAGAUGUUUUUGCCGUUAUGCCAAUGGGGAUUGCUUGUCGUGAAGUGUUGGAAUAGCAACAUUACGACUGGGGUAAACUAUAGUAACCUUUACUUGAGUUUCAUUAAUUUCAAACAGACUUGAUACGUUUUAUGUUCCUCAAGAAAGUUAUCUUUUGGUUGAUGUUGACUCUGUUCUUGCACUGAAGAAAACAGCGCUUUUCGCGGUGAAGAUUUAAAGGCAGUUGCAUGUAAGCCUAUUCGAAACACUUUGCGAGUUGCAACGCUUCGCUGAGAUAGCGAAACAGAAGACGGUAAUUGCCGUUUGAAACGAAACGAUCUGGACUCUGAACGCUCUCUUCUUUUGUAGAGUUCUUUAACAAAUGAAAUAACUGAAAUAAAUUUCGUACUUUCCGCCGCCAACAAGAAUUGCACACACGAUCUGAUAAGUGAGACAAUUUAUUUAUAACAAUGGCGACAGCGAAGCACACAUUAAUGCUAAUGUGGUCGCACGACUUCCCUCACGAUUUGAAGUUUGAGACUGGUUUUCUGUUGAAAUUCGUCCUAAUUUGCCUGUUCCGAUUGCUUUUUUGGAGUUAAAACGCAGUCAUUUACACAUUGUUUCUCUUCUGAAUAAGCAGAGAAAACCCCGCAACAUUUUAAUGCGAGUUUAUUGUUAAUAUUUGGGUUGCUGUCAUUGGUUCUUUUUUGACAAUUGACGCGCGAAUGGGGCGUGUUAUGAAAAGGGGCGUUUUACAAAAUACCGGGCCUUGCUUGCAGGCCCACUAUUCUUCCCUUGGGCCUGCACGCGGGCUAACAAAUUCGCAAAGUGGUAAACUGGUUUUAUUCAUACAAAAAAAUACAAACUUUUGUUACUAUAUUACAGGCUCUUUAUAACGUUUCAACGACAACGAGUAAAGGAGCAGACGAAGUUCUACAGGAAUUACAAAAUGUCAUCGAAAAACGACAAGGCUGGAUGUACAAAUCGAGUGGGUAGGUUUACACAAUCUGAAAACAAAUUGGUUAAACAAGUAAUAAAUUGGUUGUCUUAUAUUCACUUAAGUCUGAGAUGACCAAUGUAUUGGUUGUUAACCAAUCUGUUUUUAGAGUGCAACGAUCAGACUGUUUUUAAUAUAAUGCUUGCGUAUCCGUAUGGAUCUUAUCUUGGGUAUUAAAAUUAGAUGAUUGUAGAUGAUAAUUUAUCACGCUAACAUUUUGAUUACUUUCACUUGCAUGAUCAAGACAAUCCCAAACAGAUGUGUUUUUUGAGGGGGGAAAGGAAUAGAACUGUCCUAACUGGUCUGAUGGAUUACUGGAAAUGCGUGCUGAUAUCACCCUCCCCCCCCCCCGAUCACAAUACGAUAUGCAACGCAACCGAUCGACCUACCACAUGUUAUGCUUAGCUAUCUCUCAUUUUCUGAUAUACAUUUUCUACCCUCUCUAGAUAUACAAUACGUUGCAAGACCGUAGACGAACGAGGCAAAAUUGUCCUAGAUUUUGAAUUAGAAGUUUGUGAAAUUCCCAGACUUGAAUUAAUAGGUAAGAAAUUUUUUGAAAACUUAUAUAUUGCAACACAAUUCCAAUAAAAUCGCUCUUCAGAAUUAUUGUAACAAUUGCAUACUUUGGAAUGAUGUUGCUGAAAAUUUUUUUCUUCAAACCUUUUUCGGCUCGCAUGCAGGGUUUCGUAGUCAAAAACCCUGUUACAAUUGAGUUAUGAGGAUAAUCAGCUUUCUAUCUAACCGUCUGGUUAAAAAAUGAUCGAAUGUCAGUGAAAUACUGGGAUCGGUUGUUCGAAACCCGAUUAACUUAACCCUAGGUUAACCUAAAAUUGUAUAUAAAUUUGGAAAUGUUUCUUCAGGAAUGUUGUUUGAACGAUAUGAGUUUACUUAUUUGAAGUUUUGAAAUAAACAGACGUACAGAAAUACACAAACCAUUACCAAAACAAGGGGGUAUUGAUUUUAACCGAGAGUUACUCCACCUUUGAACAAGCGGCCCCUGUUAAACAAUUAGGUUACGUUUUCCCGUUUUUUAUUCAGUCAUUGAUACAAACAAUGACGUCGUAACAUGGUAAGAAGAAAGAGAUUGCCCAUGAGCCGCUGGGAUCUAUAACUGAAUUUAUUACAUACAUGACAAAAUUACUGCAAUCUGAUUGGUUAAGAGGAGUGCAAUUAUUUCAUUAAUAGCACUCUCCAGGAGUGCAAUUAAUGAUUUUAUGCUGGGGGAAGCGGGAAAUCAAAACAACAAAAAUCCAAUAUGACGGUAAAAUUUAUCUUGUAUAAAUAACAAACGUGCACGAAUUUAACUAAAUUUUAGCACAAGAAUAAGUUAAAAAAACAUAGUAUGGCAAAAAGAGCCUUUGGAAAAUAUCUGGAAACAGUUUUAAGCAAUAAUCUCGGCGGGAUGCAGCGAAACGCGACUACGUAAGUCUGUAAUACAAUUUAUAAAGAUUUUCUUACUCCAAAAUAUGUUGUUUGAGUUUGAAUCAUGUGUUCUAGUUUAAAGUAUGUGCCUUUAUGAGUUUAUGAUCAUUUCCCAAGUUUGUUUAUGCCAAAUUGCUUACAAAAGAAUUAAAAACUCUUGACAAAAUGCAGUUGAAUUUUAAAGAAAUCGAUUUUGUCAUGCAUAUAAUGAAUAAAUAAUCCGGCGGCUCGUGCAAUUUUGACACAUUUUUCAAAUAUCACUCGUAGUGUUAAUCAUUAAUUGCACUCCUUCCCGUGUGAUUACCUAUACAAAUACCGUAACCAAACUAAAGUCGUACCGUAAUAUUUUGGGGCUUUUGAAGCGCGCAACAGAAAUUUACAGUUCAUAUUUGGCGUGAUCCAUUACCUAUGUAUGGGUUCGUGUAGCUUGUAAGAGAGCUGUGCACGAGGCCCUUAAAACAGGGUCUUUCUUAACUAUGCGACUGAGGGAUCAAAGUCACUCCAGCACGCGUGGUCCCCCCUCACUCAACCAUUUUGCUCCUCCCCCAGUCAAAGUCCCUUUUCUGGAAAGUAUAAGCAAAACAUUGGAAGAAAACAUAACUUAGAAGGGAGUUUGCUACUCUAGUAACUGAAAUUUGCUUAGUGAAUCUUAUGUCGAUCCUGUCCUUUAUCUUCAAAUGAUUCAAUGUCUUUUUUAAAAUGCUAAACAUUAAUUGUCGCAAAUACCUUAAAUUUUAAAAAUUUCCAAGUGGAUAGCAUGUCCCAGACCCUAUAGAUUUGAGUUGUUGGAAGGCUACAAUCUUUGACAAUAUAGAUUGGGACAAUCUAGUUUUCACAUGCAUUCGGUUGUAAUAUACCAUUUCCUUAUACAUAUUUUCCACCCCCCCCCCCCCACCCGUUUCAAUGUUGGCGCCGCGCAUUCAGACAUCAGAUUUUUUUGGCCCAACAUUGAACUGGGGGAACGGGGGGCGCUAUUCCUUUCAAAUUAUAUGAAAUUACAGCAGCUGUCCCAUAGUUUCUGGUAAAGAUAGGCUAGGCUAAACAAGUUAGUAACCAAGUUGGGGUAUAUACAUAACUAUACCAUACAAGUACUUGAAGUACUUAACUGCAGAUUCAGUCCAUCUACAGUAUAAUGUAACGCUAUAUAGUUUCAGAAAACGCACGAAAUGCAGUCCUGAGGGUGGAAAAAAUACAAAUAUCUUACAUCAAAUACAAAAAUCGUGCCUCUGUCCUGGAAUAGAUCAUGCUAUUGGUCAAUGAAAUGACAGAUUGCAGAUUAUUAUAUAAUUAUUUGGAUGUAGCACAUAUAAUAACCCGCUUCCAGUUUCACUGUUGUAUUUGCAUUUCAUAACCAAGUUAUUUUAGACUACAGGACGUUCACAUGCACUACGCCGGAGGAACAUAAUGACGCUACGUUUUACGUCUCAAAUAAUGAAAAAUAUUAAAAAAUUAAAAAAUAAUAAUAAAAAGUUAAUAAACAUAUGCUAAAUUAAAAAAUAAUAAAAAAUGGUAAAGUGGAGCAAGGUAAAGCCGGUCCCGCUGUUUAAAUGAAGCCGCCAAGUGCUCCGUUUUCAUCUCUCUCCGUUUAGAAACCAUGCUCAAAUUGUUACGGCGAAAGUGACGUCUUCAAACAAUUUCGCUCCGGUGUAGUUUGAACACGACGACUAAAUGUGACUUUUCCGCGCCAUUCUUAAACCGCUCUAGACUGCGAGCGGUCCCUCCUUUCCGUGAGUUAGGUUCCAGGGCAUGCGAGGGACUGCCGACAACACAUCAAGAAACGAAAUACGCCCACUUUUCGCUCUUGUCAUGUUGGCUCCGCCUUUGCAUAAACAUUACUUAUAUCCAAUUAAAUUAAAUAUAUCCAAUAAGGAACCGUUAAUUUACGCCUGUCAUGUUACGACAUUCAGUCUGGAAAUUAUUUAUGGCAUAAUUACUACAUAGAAGAUUUGAUUGACAGGCACAUCGCGGUCUACAAACCGCUCCGGCGUAUUGUGAACGUAGUCUUAUAGGCAAGUGAACUUGGUGUAAAGUAAUCAUUAAUGAUUAAUCAGUCGUAAUUAUUUUGUAGGUAUUCGACGGAAACGCUUGAAAGGUGAUACAUGGGCUUAUAAAAAGAUUUGUGAAGAAAUUUUAAAAGAAGCUGAUUUAUAGAAAGUACUGUAUUAUAUUUUAUUUAUGAUAUUUCACGAUCACCAUCAAUGGGUAGGCGAAGACCUCUAAGGGAAUGUCUCGGUGAAAAGGGAAUUAUUUACUGUCGGUUUCCAGAUGCAUUAGUAGGAAAUGAACUUUGCUUGUUUACUUGGGAUUUGGCUCAUUCUCCCAGAAUAACGAAGCUUUUGAAACUAAAAUUGAAGAGCGUUCAUUCACAAUGCUGUUAACGUCGCGCAAGUUAAAUAAAAAAGUAUGUCGGCUAUUCACACACACGCCCUUUCUAAAGCAUGAUUAAUGAUUUAGCCUUUACCAUAGGAAUAUUUAGUUAGUUUUUGAAUUGUAGUGUACAUUAAUUAAUUAACCUAUUUACUUCAAAACUAUUUUGUACAAAUAUAAUGAAACAAAUUGGACGUAGAAAAUUUUAGUCCUACAUCAGUGCAGAUAAAACGGUUUUACAGGCUAUGUCAAUUACUAAAUUGAUAACUUUAAACGCAUAUUUCUUUUCAUAACACCUAGAAUUAAGUUAAGUAAUUGUGAAACGAAACGUUUGAUUGUA